CAAAAAAAAGGAGGGACGAAAGGAGGCGGGGUUUUUUCACCUUUUUUUCAAUCAAUUGCCGAGUGGCGCUCUCUGUUAGCUGUAGCUGUGUCUGCGGUUAGAGGUGACCCCAAGAAGUAGGAACGGUCGUGUCUCCUGCUAUCACCAUGGCUCAACCAAUCAAAGUCCUAGUAACUGGUGCAGCUGGACAGAUUGCAUAUUCUCUGCUCUAUAGCAUUGCUCAGGGUGAUGUCUUUGGCCGCGAUCAGCCUCUUGUUCUUGUGCUAUUGGAUAUCACUCCCAUGAUGAAUGUAUUGGAAGGUGUACUGAUGGAAUUGCAAGACUGUGCUCAUCCUCUGUUAAGAGAGGUAAUUUCAACUGACAAAGAAGAAGUUGCAUUCAAAGAUCUUGAUGUAGCCAUACUGGUUGGCUCAAUGCCAAGAAAAGAGGGUAUGGAACGGAAAGACCUUCUCAAGGCAAAUGUGAAAAUAUUUAAGUCCCAAGGUGCCGCAUUGGACAAGUAUGCAAAGAAGACUGUUAAGGUUCUUGUUGUUGGGAAUCCAGCAAAUACCAAUUGCCUGAUUGCAUCAAAGUCUGCUCCAUCCAUACCAAAAGAGAAUUUCAGCUGUUUAACUCGUCUGGAUCACAACAGAGCAAAAGCUCAGAUUGCUCUAAAACUUGGCGUGACUGCUAAGGAUGUGAAGAAUUGUAUUAUCUGGGGUAAUCAUUCCUCUACCCAGUAUCCAGAUGUUAACCAUGCCAAAGCCAAAUUACAAGGGAAAGAUAUUGGUGUUUAUGAAGCUGUGAAAAAUGAUAACUGGUUGAAGAGUGACUUCAUUACAACUGUUCAGCAGCGGGGUGCAGCUGUUAUUAAAGCCAGAAAGCUGUCAAGUGCAAUGUCGGCUGCCAAGGCUAUCUGUGAUCAUAUGAGAGACAUCUGGUUUGGCACUCCAGAGGGUGAAUUUGUUUCCAUGGGUGUUAUUUCUGAUGGGAAUUCCUAUGGUAUCCCUGAAGAUCUGAUCUAUUCAUUUCCUGUUGUAAUCAAGGAUAAAACAUGGAAGCUUGUUGAAGGGCUUCCUAUUAAUGACUUCUCUCGUGAGAAGAUGGAUUUAACUGCCAAGGAAUUAACUGAGGAAAAGCAGACUGCUGUGGAAUUUCUGUCUUCUGCUUGACUAGGUGCUUACCAAGAUGGAAGGGAUGGCUUAAACACUGAGGAAUCUAAAAGUCGUCUCUAAAUUCUGCAUUGAAUGUUAUUGUAUGUUAGCUGUUGUUUCCUUGUAACUACCCAUUCAAUACUGGCUUUAUUGGUACAUUUGUGCCUGCUAUUCAGUGUUCUUUGUAAUGAGAAGAGUGCACAACAGAUUUAAAAUGCAAUUUGCAGGCUUGACCAAAAUUUUUUGAUCUAUUGCUGCUUGCUUCUUGUAUUGUGUAGCACAUAUGACUACUUUGCCUCCUUGAUUAAAAUGGCAGCAGCCUUUCUGGUUGAAUUACAGGGAAACCAGCAAUACAUUGCUAAAGGUGAUUUUAUGGAUGUGCUUUAGCAUUGUAUUAAUCAAACAGAAUUAAAUUGACUAGUGGUAUUUCUGAAAGGACCCAGGAGCAUCUAUUUCUCUGUUACUUAAAAUAUAAGUAGGAAAUGAUUAUUGAAUAUGAUGAAUGUACUAUGUAUUACCAUCACAAAUUCUUUCUCAAGAACUCUCAUUAGAAAUUGCAUUAAAUGUUAAGUAAGCACUCCUA